AUGCUACAGCCGCAGGGAGAGGUGUUCGGCAGCAUCUGGAUGACAGCGUGGCCAGCGGUGAUGGCAGAGCUGUUCCUGGCCAGAGACCAUUCCAUGUCCGCUGUGUAUCAGAGGAUAUUCAACUCCUUCGUGUACACAGAGAAAAUAUCGAAUGGAGAAAGUGAAGUUCAACAGUUGGCAAAAAAAAUUCGUGAGAAAUUUAACCGUUACUUGGAUGUUGUGAAUCGUAACAAGCAAGUAGUGGAAGCAUCAUAUACUGCUCAUCUCACGUCGCCCUUGACUGCAAUCCAAGACUGCUGUACUAUUCCACCAUCUAUGAUGGAAUUUGAUGGAAAUUUUAACACCAACGUUUCUAGGACUAUUAGCUGCGAUAGACUGUCUACCACUGUCAAUAGCAGAGCCUUCAAUCCUGGACGUGACUUAAAUUCUGUUCUUGCUGAUAAUCUGAAGUCUAACCCAGGAAUUAAAUGGCAGUAUUUCAGCUCAGAAGAAGGCAUUUUCACCGUUUUCCCAGCCCACAAGUUCCGGUGCAAAGGCAGCUAUGAACACCGCAGCAGGCCUGUCUAUGUUUCUACUGUUCGACCUCAGUCCAAGCAUAUCGUUGUCAUUGUGGACCAUGGGGCUUCGGUCACAGAGACGCAGCUUCAGAUUGCCAAAGAUGCUGCUCAGGUUAUUCUGAGCUCUAUAGAUGAACAUGAUAAGAUCUCUGUGUUAACCGUGGCAGACACAGUAAGAACCUGCUCACUGGAUCAGUGCUAUAAGACAUUUCUGUCUCCUGCCACCAGUGAGACAAAAAGGAAGAUGUCCACCUUCGUUAGCAGUAUAAAGUCAUCUGACAGCCCUACGCAGCACGCAGUGGGAUUUCAAAAAGCUUUCCAGUUGAUACGAAACACAAACAAUGGCACAAAACUCCAAGGAAAUACCGAUAUGGUCAUAAUUUAUCUCUCGGCUGGGAUUACAUCAAAAGAUUCAUCGGAAGAUGACAAAAAAGCUACUCUCCGUGUCAUCAAUGAAGAAAAUAGUUUCCUCAAUAACUCAGUAAUGAUUCUUACUUACGCGCUUAUGAAUGAGGGAGUGACAGGUUUGAAGGAACUGGCCUUUCUGCGGGACCUGGCAGAGCAGAACUCGGUGAAGUACGGGGUGCCGGACCGAACAGCCCUACCUGUGAUCAAGGGAAGCAUGAUGGUCCUAAACCAGCUGAGUAACCUGGAAACUACAGUUGGCCGAUUCUACACAAACCUCCCCAACCGAAUGAUCGAUGAGGCAGUCUUCAGUCUGCCUUUUUCAGAUGAAAUGGGGGAUGGCCUGAUAAUGACUGUAAGUAAACCGUGUUACUUUGGAAACCUGCUGCUAGGGAUUGUUGGAGUAGAUGUUAAUCUCGCAUAUAUCUUGGAAGAUGUCACCUAUUAUCAAGACUCCUUGGGUUCCUACACUUUCCUCAUUGAUAAUAAAGGAUACACUCUUAUGCACCCAUCCCUUACCAGGCCCUACCUGCUGUCUGAACCACCGCUCCAUACAGAUAUUAUCCAUUAUGAGAACAUUCCUAAAUUUGAGCUGGUGCGGCAGAACAUCCUUAGCAUUCCCCUGGGCAGCCAGAUCAUUACGGUUCCUGUGAACUCCUCACUGUCUUGGCAUGUAAACAAACUGAGAGAGAUUGGAAAAGAAGCCUACAACGUCAGCUAUGCCUGGAAAAUGGUCCAGGACACAUCCUUUAUUCUGUGUGUCGUGGUAAUACAGCCAGAAAUACCUGUUAAACAGCUGAAGAAUCUCAACACUGUCCCCAGCAGCAAGCUCCUGUAUCAUCGACUGGAUCUGCUGGGCCAGCCAAACGCCUGCCUGCACUUCAAGCAGCUGGCUACCUUAGAAAGCCCUACGGUAAUGCUUUCUGCAGGCAGCUUCUCUUCUCCAUAUGAACAUCUCAGCCAGCCCGAGACGAAGCGGAUGGUGGAGCAUUACACGGCGUACCUCAGUGACAACACACGCCUGAUUGCCAAUCCUGGCCUUAAGUUUUCUGUCAGAAAUGAAGUAAUGGCUACCAGUCACGUCACAGAUGAAUGGAUGACACAAAUGGAAAUGAGUAGCCUGAACAGUUAUAUUGUGCGCCGUUACAUAGCAACCCCCAAUGGGGUGCUCCGAAUUUACCCCGGUUCCCUCAUGGACAAAGCAUUUGAUCCCACCAGGAGACAAUGGUACUUGCAUGCAGUGGCUAAUCCAGGACUAAUUACCUUUACUGGUCCCUACUUAGAUGUUGGAGGGGCAGGCUACGUCGUUACGAUCAGUCACACGGUCCAUUCUUCCAGUGCACAGAUGUCUUCAGGACAUUCGGUGGCAGUAAUGGGCAUUGACUUCACCCUCCGAUACUUCUACAAAGUUCUCAUGGACCUGCUGCCAGUUUGUAACCAAGAUGGAGGAAACAAAAUAAG